AUGUUGUCGUGGCCUAAGCUAUGCCGCAGAUGUUACAUCCUAUACGUUAUAUCUAUGGCCACACAGACCAUAGUGAUCAUGGCGUUACAAGUGCAAAAAUCGACUACGAGUCGCACAAUUAUAUGUGGUAACCUCCUCUCUUCCUCCGCCUUUUGGACAGCGACGUCAGCUGUGGAGUACAUGGAAGACGACUCGCUUGGUGGUUAUCCUGGUGUCUCCAUCUACCAGUCACCGGGGAAUAUUCAAUAUGAACACCACAUCAUGCGUAGAAUCAUCUCUGCCCUCUUGAUAGAGAUCGCCGCCUUUGAUGUCUGGGAUAGAGAGGACAAGAUGACUGACAAUGGGUUGCUGUAUCUCUGCAUGUCAGACGUCCUUGUUGUCUCCGUCAUAAGCAUAUGUGGACCUCGCAUGAUCCUCAAUCUCCGUUUACAGGAGAAGUUAACUGUACUCGGAGAUCCAGAAGAGAGUACCAUCUCCUCUCUUAGAUUUUCCUUUCGGUCGAUGGAUGACGAUAUAGGUGUUCCUUAA